CGCGAACGCGCCUCGUGCGCCCCUGCAUUGGAUUUCGUCUGCUGCGAGCGGUGUCGGUGUAGGUGUCGGCGGGUUGGUAUCAUUGAUCCAAAUACUGUCGUCAGAAACAUGGCGGACACCGAGCUUGCGAAAAGUUUGAAGGAUUUGCCCUUGCGGGUCCAAAGUGCAAGUACUAAAGAACGGCAACAAGUGAUCAAACAUGUUAUCUCAAUUUUGUCAAAACCAGGCAUUACAGAACCGAUUGUUCGGGGAUUGUGCCGAUUGGUGUCCAUUACUUUACCUCGGUACACUGACAGCUCCUCAAAAGCAGCUGUCUGCCAGCUUGUAUCGAGUCUCCUGACCCUCCACAAAGAAUGGGCAGUGAAGCAUCUGAUUGCAACCCUUUCUGAAGUAGCCAAUACAUAUAAAACCUUGGUUCCAACGCACAGCACAUCUCAAAUCGCCCUGCAGGCCUUCAAUUGGUCCUGCAUGAUUGUUGAACUUGGUUUAAAAGAUGCCUCAGAUGACUGUAAGUCUGAAUUUCCUGCUUUGUUUGAAGCGCAGGCCAUUUUGCUUUGUGCUGCUGUAUCAUCUAAUAUAAAGAAAAUCACAUACAAAGUACAACGAUUGACUUAUAAAAUGUGGCGUUCAAAUGAGUCUGUGGUUGACUUGUAUAUCUCAACCCUCCAAAAUUUGAAAGAUUCUUCACAAUUCUCUGUUGUUCUUGGAUCAUAUCUCAUUCAACACCUUGUAGAUGACAAGAAGAUUGAAUUGGUCAACAAGUUCAAAGCAGCGCUCUUGGAUUUGUUUAUUAAAAUUGCAGUCAGUGUGAAAGUAAAACCAGCAGUAUAUGUUGUUGAUGAGGCUAGACCUUUGUUGCGUCAGUUAACCCAUGAAGAAUUUAAGGGGCAGUUGCUACCUGCUUUGCAGAAGGCAAUGCUUAGAAGUCCAGAAGUAAUUUUAGAAUGUGUGGGACAUGUCAUCUCUGCUGUUUCCCUGGAUCUUAGCCAAUAUGCUGCAGAUAUUGGAAAGAGUCUAGCAGCCAAUCUACAUUCUAAAGAAGAUUUAGCCCGAUUAGAAUCUGCUGAUGCUUGUAAGCGACUUGCACAACAGUGCAGUGAUGGAUCUGCCAUUGAGCAGCUGCUCAAUCAGAUAUUUGCUGUGUUUCAUGGCUCAGAAGGAAAGAUAACUGUAGCAGAACAGAAAAUAAGUGUUCUUCAAGGAGCUGGUAAUCUUAGUUACAAUACUGUUGCUGGGAGCAGUGUACAAAGGUUAGCUACACUUGCUGCAGAACAAUUUAUCAAGGUGCUAGGUGUAGAAGUUCAUGAGAAGACAUUAGUGUAUGCUUUAGAAAUGAUGUCACUGUGGUGUACCAAGUUUACCAGUGAAGUGCCAGUAUCUGUGAUUGAUGGGUUGAAGAAAGGCUUGGCUUCAAAGAAUUCAACUGCCCUUGUGCGGUCUGCAUACAUUCAAUGCCUAUCAUCUUGCUUUACAAGCAGUACUGCUCAUCUUGGGGCAGAUGUUGUACCUGUGCUUCUUAAGACCAUUGAGAAAGGUGCUGCUCAAGCAAUCCAAGUUCCAGUUGUUACUGAAGCUUUGGCUGCUGCUUGCCUGCUUCUCAAGUUGUGCAUCAGUGAAGGCACUGUCUCUGAAACACAGCUUUCAUCAGUCUUACCUGCAAUCAUUGAUGCAGAAAAGCAACUUUUUGUGUCGGAAAAGUUUUUGACUGUUGCUUCUGAUGAAGCACUAAAUAAUGUUAUGACACUGAGUGAGCAUCUGCUUGUAAACCAUGUGGAAAGACUAGAGGGGCGCUGUCAACCAUUCCAUCAUGCCAUUGUAUUCUGCUUAACUUGUGGAAGCCCUAGUGUGAAAGCACACUCCAGAGCUGUUGUGAAGAAAAUGGUGUCUUCCCUUGGUGGAAUAGAAAUAACCAGAGCCUUAUUAAAGGAGCUCACUCAAUACUUAGAGACAGUUAAAAUACAGCACAACGAUGGAGAUUCGAAAGAAAAUAAGGAAAAUAAUGAUGUUAGCUCAGGUCCUGGAGGUGGACCAGAAGUAUCUGCCCAAUCCCUGGUUGGCUGCAUCACAACACUCUGCUCAGCCAAUGGGCUAUUGCCGGAGGAUGCCUAUUUUGUUGCUCAAGAUUCGCUAAUUCCAUGCAAUCAUCCAGCUGUUGCUGUUGUGGCACCAGAUUUGUGGCUGAAAAUUGUGCGCCACUUAAAGUUAGAUCCUGCCACUUUGUUAGCUCGCUUAUCCCAAAAUAUUCGUACUUCUCUCGUCGACAAUUACAAGCCAACUCCAAUAAUGGAGAGUACACUGGCUCUAGUUGUGAGAAUAAGUCCUAAUGUAAUUUUGCCUCACUUGUUAGCAAGAGUAAACGAUAUUUUGAAUGACCAGUCAUUAUUACACAUCACAAAAGAUGAAUAUUUCAUAUAUCAAACACCAGAGGGUGUUCUUUAUGACAAAAGUUGUAUUGGGAAAAAUAAUGAUGAUUCAUUAAAUGCCAAAAAUCUGAAGAGAGAAAGUAAGGUAUAUUCUUACAAAGAUCAAUUAGAGGAAAUGGCUCUUCGCCGCGAGCUUGAAGAAAAGAAGAGGCGAGAAGGAAAACUGAAAGAACCUGAACUCAAUCCAAAACAAAAAGAGGCAAUGAAAAUACAACUGGAGAAAGAGAGUGCUGUUCGUUCCCGCCUCACUUUGUUGAAAAAUAGGUUGGAUAACAGCCUGUCAAUGCUGCGAGCUGCUCUAGAAGGAAAUCCAACUCACAUGUCCCGUUACUUCCGUGAUCUUCUCCCAAACAUUCUAAAUGAUCUGCAAUCACCACUCGCUGCACCUGAAUUGGCACCAUUUUAUAUUCAAUUACAGAAUGGCGUAUUUUCUUCUUCUCAGCGAAAUUUGGCUGACUUGAUUGGCCAUGUUACUUUGCGCCUUCAUAAACCAAAGUGUGAUUUAAAUCCAGCAUGGGAAGAAGAGAAACUUGAUUCUGCUGUUUCUAGAGCAAUCACCCUAAUGCACAAGACUACAGUUCGGCCCCGUAAUGAAGUUAUUGAAGAUGCUCAAGAAAAGAAAAGAAUCCUCUCUGCUCCAGCAUUUUGCUACUGCUUUAAUUUUAUCCGAAAAGCAUUGGUGUACCAAUCUAUUCAGAAAGAUGAGGGAUUAAUGACAAAGGGGAUCCAAAUAGUUUCUGCACAUGCGCAGAUGAAGGGAGGAGUGGUGGAGCCCAAAGAUGGCAUUGAUUUAUACCAUCCAGAUCUUCUUCCAAGACGUUUAAUGUUUGAGUUGUUGAUUGGAAUUAUCAGUGUAUCUACUGGAAGGCUGCAGCAACUUGCCAGUGCUGCUCUGAUGGAUGUAGCUGCUUCUGGUUCUGGCAAAGAAGGUUACGCAAGAGCAACCGAGGAUGAAAUUGAUAGUUUAUUGUCAGCUCUUCAAAAUCAGGACACUACAGUUCGUGAUGCUGCUCUUCGAGGCUUAGCGGCCAUGGUUGGAGCUUUCCCCACUUUAAAGACCAAUCCAGAACAGGCAGUCAGAUUGACAAGAAGAAUUUGGGUUGCCCGAUUUGAUGUUGUUGAUGAAAACAAAGAAUUGGCUUCAAAAUUGUGGACUGCGGCUGGUCUUAAGCUUGACGAAAUGCUGUGGAUGGGACUUUUAUUAGAUGUUGUUCAUCCUGUUGAUGUAGUUCAAACAGCAGCAGCCAAAGCAUUGGCUGCUUUACUUGAAGAAUAUGAUAGUCCUAUUCCAAAAGUAAUUGAAAAUCUUCUUGGAAUUUAUAAAGAGAAAUUAACUAUGAUCCCAGCUAAAGUUGACAGUUUUGGGCGCAUUGAAGAAGAAGCCAUUGAUGUUUGGGAACCCCGUCGAGGUGUUGGCCUUGCCCUGAAAGAGUUAGCACCGUUACUCUCACACAGCCAAGUAUCCAGCUUGGCUCAAUUUUAUGUGUCAAGUGGCCUUGGGGACCACAGUGAAGAAGUUAGGAAAAACAUGCUAAGUGCUGCUCUUGCAUCUGUAGAUUUACAUGGCAAGGACACCAUAAAUAGCUUACUACCAGUAUUUGAAAAUUUCCUCGAUAAGGCCCCAGAUUCUCGUAAAUUUGAUGCUGUUCGCCAAUCUGUUGUUAUUCUCAUGGGAUCUCUUGCACGGCAUUUAGAUAGGGAUGAUCCAAAGGUAAAACCUAUCGUAGCGCGGCUAGUGGAUGCCCUCUCAACACCUUCCCAGCAAGUUCAAGAAGCUGUGGCCAAUUGCUUGCCUCAUCUAGUGCCAGCUGUAAAAGAUGAUGCACCUACUCUUAUUAAGAAGUUAAUGGACCAAUUACUUGAGUCUAGUGUGUAUGGUGAAAGAAGAGGGGCUGCAUAUGGUCUGGCAGGAAUCAUCAAGGGAAUGGGAAUUUUGGCUCUGAAGCAGUAUGAUGUGAUGACAAAGUUAACAGAGGCAAUUCAAGAUAAAAAAAAUUAUCGACACAGAGAAGGUGCUCUACUUGCAUUUGAAAUGUUGUGCAAUAUGUUGGGUCGUCUGUUUGAACCAUACAUUGUACAUGUGUUGCCCCACCUUUUAUUAUGUUUUGGUGAUGGAAAUCAGUAUGUACGUGAUGCCACCGACGAAACUGCUCGAAUUGUCAUGAGCAAACUGUCAGCUCAUGGUGUAAAACUGGUUCUACCAUCCCUCCUGUCAGCUUUAGAGGAGGACUCGUGGCGAACCAAAACUGGCUCAGUUGAACUGUUAGGAGCCAUGGCUUACUGUGCACCCAAGCAACUUUCUUCUUGUCUUCCCAGUAUUGUACCAAAGCUUAUUGAAGUGUUGAGUGACUCGCAUACUAAAGUGCAAGGCGCAGGUGCUCAGGCCUUGAGACUUAUUGGGUCAGUUAUUAGAAACCCAGAAAUUCAGGCUAUUGUCCCUGUUCUCUUGGAGGCUCUUCAGGAUCCCUCCCACCGCACCGCUACGUGUCUCCAAACACUUUUGGAGACACAAUUUGUUCAUUUCAUUGAUGCUCCAUCUUUGGCGCUAAUUAUGCCUGUGGUGCAACGAGCAUUUAUGGACCGAGCAACAGAAACUAGGAAAAUGGCUGCCCAGAUUAUAGGCAAUAUGUAUUCUCUCACAGAUCAAAAGGACCUGAUGCCUUAUCUUCCUACUAUUGUACCAGGCUUAAAGUCUUCCUUGUUAGAUCCAGUUCCUGAGGUUCGAAGUGUCUCAGCAAGAGCUCUUGGUGCUAUGGUACGUGGCAUGGGAGAGCAGACAUUUGAAGAUCUAUUACCAUGGUUGAUGACAACUCUAACAUCAGAGUCAAGCUCAGUCGACCGGUCUGGUGCUGCCCAAGGUCUCAGUGAAGUUGUUAGUGGUUUGGGUGUUGAGAAAAUGCACAAAUUGAUGCCUGAAAUUAUUGCUACUGCGGAGCGACCUGACAUUGCACCCCACGUGAAGGAUGGUUACAUUAUGAUGUUCAUUUACAUGCCUGGAGCUUUCCAUGAAGAUUUCACACCCUACAUUCCACAGAUUAUUAACCCGAUUCUUAAGGCCUUAGCUGAUGAAAAUGAAUAUGUGCGUGAGACUGCUUUAAAGGCUGGACAGCGCAUUGUAAAUUUGUAUGCUGAAUCUGCAAUCAUGCUGCUCUUACCAGAGCUGGAAAAGGGUCUAUUUGAUGACAACUGGCGUAUCAGAUAUUCAUCUGUCCAACUCCUGGGAGACUUGCUUUACCGCAUUUCGGGAGUGUCUGGCAAAAUGUCAACUGAGACUGCAGAUGAAGAUGAUAAUUUUGGAACAGAACAGUCUCACAGGGCUAUUAUUGAUGUACUUGGAGCCACCCGUCGUAAUAGAGUUUUGGCUGGACUGUACAUGGGCCGAUCUGAUGUUGCGCUGAUGGUCAGGCAGGCUGCCCUCCAUGUUUGGAAGGUGGUGGUCACAAACACACCUCGUACCCUCCGAGAAAUCUUGCCAACCCUGUUCAGCCUCCUAUUGGGAUGCCUGGCUUCAACUAGUUAUGACAAGAGGCAGGUUGCAGCUCGCACCCUGGGUGAUUUAGUGCGGAAGCUUGGUGAGCGUGUUCUUCCAGAAAUAAUCCCUAUUCUGGAGAGAGGUCUUGAAUCCGAUCAGGCAGAUCAAAGGCAGGGUGUGUGUAUUGGUCUUUCUGAGAUUAUGGCUUCUACUAGCAGAGAUAUGGUGCUCACAUUUGUGAACAGUUUGGUACCUACUGUCAGGAAAGCCAUGUGUGAUCCACUCCCUGAAGUUAGAGAGGCUGCAGCCAAGACAUUUGAUAGUCUCCACUCAACUGUUGGUGUGAGAGCUUUGGAUGAUAUUCUUCCCUCAAUGCUUAACCAGCUGAGUGAUCCUGAUCCACAUGUAGUGGAAUGUACCCUGGAUGGUUUGAGACAAGUUAUGGCCAUUAAGUCACGUGUGGUGCUACCCUAUUUAGUACCCCAACUUACGGCCCAUCCAGUCAACACCAAGGCUUUAUCCAUAUUGGCCAGUGUUGCUGGAGAGGCAUUGACUCGCUACCUCAGCAAGAUCCUUCCUGCUUUAUUGACUGCUCUCUCUUCUGCUCAAGGAACUCCUCAAGAAGCUCAGGAAAUGGAAUAUUGCCAAGCUGUGGUUCUAUCAGUUAGUGAUGAAGUUGGUGUCAGAACAAUAGUUGAUUCAUUACUGGAGUCCUCGCGUUCAGAAAAGGCUGAUUUGCGAAGGUCUGCUACAGCCUUACUUUGUGCUUUCUGUGGUCAAACAAGAGCCAACUACACCCAACAUGUACCCCAGUUGCUUCGUGGUAUCAUUCAUCUUUAUGCUGACUCAGAUCAUGGUGUUUUAGUAAUGAGCUGUGAGGCACUUGCAGCUGUUUUCAAGACAUUGGAAGUCACAGCCUCCACUGCUUAUGUAGGUGACAUCAAGCAAGCUAUUCGAUUUGCUGCUGGUGAUCUCAAAGGUCAGCAGCAUAUGCCUGGUUUCUGUCUCCCCAAGGGAAUCACACCUAUGCUGCCCAUGUUCAGAGAAGCAGUUCUGAAUGGACCACCAGAAAUAAAGGAGGUUGCUGCAUAUUGCAUAGGUGACAUGAUAAAACUUAUCACUAAUGAGGCUCUUGCGCCAUCUGUGGUACACAUCACUGGUCCAUUGAUUCGUAUUCUUGGUGAUCGAUUCAACUGGCCUGUAAAGGCAGCUGUACUGGACACACUGUCCCUUCUUUUGUCUAAGGUUGGUGCUAUGUUGAAGCAAUUCUUGCCUCAACUUCAAACCACUUUUGUGAAAGCCCUUAAUGAUGGUAACCGCAUUGUUAGAGUAAAAGCAGCUGUUGCAACUGGGCAUUUGAUUAAAAUUCACACACGACCUGAUCCCAUUUACACUGAACUGCACAAUAGCAUUAAAAAUCUUGAAGAUCCUUCAGUCAGGGAAACAAUGCUUCAAGCAUUGAGGUAUAUGAUAACUGCUGCUGGUGAUAAAAUGUCUGAAGCAAUCCGUCGAGGUAUCAACCAAACCCUUAUUGGAAUGCUAAGUCAUCAUGAGGAUGCAUCGAGAUGUGCUGCUGCUGGUUGCCUAGGCGCAUUGUGCCGCUGGUUGUCUCCUGAGCAACUGACUAUUGUUUUAUCUGAUAACCUACUCGUGGAUGAUAACUCCUUGGAUUGGAUGCUUAGACAUGGCAGAAGUGCAGCCCUUUUUGUGGCAUUGAAAGAAUGUCCAGAUGUUGUCUACACUGACAAUUACUGUGAUAAACUACACAGGGUCAUUUUAUCAUAUUUGGUGGCUGACCGGGUACAAAUUGCUCAAAAUGGAAUCAGGUGUUGUGGAUAUUUGUUUGAUCAUCUUAUGUCAAAUGGAAAAACAUUGCCUUCAGCACUCAUUUCACCAUUUGUCAGAACUAUGAACCAUAGUUCAAAUGAAGUGAAGCAGUUAGUGUCUAGAGUAUGCUCUUAUUUAGCUAGAAGACAUGAUAGGAAAACAUUUGCACCAGAACUCUUGAGAGUCACUUUACCUAUGCUGGUCAAUGGAACUAAAGAGAAAAAUAGUUAUGUCAAAGCAGAUAGUGAAAUUGCUCUUGUUGCUGUGUUACAAUUACGACAAGGCGAAGAGAUGUUGCAAUACUGCUUGAGUUUAUUGGAUGCGGGAGCUCAGGAGUCUCUUACUGAUGUUAUUAGUAAGGUUCUUCGCAAGGUUGCUAACCAGCCUGAGACUAAGGAAGAAGAAUUGGAUGAUACUCUUGUUACUUGAUCUAAUUAAAGACCUGUUUUCCUUUUUUUAACUUUUGUGGUAACCUGUUACCCUUCAGUACUACAGUGUGACCAUCUACUACCUUAAAAUUUCAUAUUAUAAAAUUCCAUCAUUUCAAAAUUGAUUCAUAAUGUUAUGUAAUGUAUUUAGAAACCUAGGGAACAAUCAAGUCUUAAACCAUACGUUAGAAAUUAGAAGCUAAAUUGAUUAUUUGACAUUAAGUAGCUAAUAAAUGUUCAGCUGAGUGUUCUUUCAUCAUUAAAAGUUAACAUUUGUCCAUUUGUUUUGUAAUAAAAGUUUUACUGUGGCUAUUGAUGUACAAUAUAUGUGUAAUUUUUUUUCACUCUGAGUGUUUCUCAGUAUUUAUUCACACGGGUCCUAUGACUGUGCAUUGUUUCUGUUGUUCCUUUGUUUCUUAUUAAAACAGAUGCUGUUGUAA